AUGAAGUUCAACAAGGCCGUCAGUUCUUCUAGUCGCAAAGCCCGUAAGAGGCACUUUAAUGCCCCAUCACAUAUCAGACGGCGGCUGAUGAGCGCUCCUUUGUCGAAGGAGCUUCGUACAAAAUACAAGGUUCGUAGCAUGCCAAUCAGACGUGGGGAUGAAGUGCAGAUAGUGCGUGGAGAGCGCAAGGAGAAUUCCUCCGCUAAAGUUAUCAAAGUAUAUAGGAAGAAAUUCGUGAUCCAUAUCGAACGCGUCCAAUGUAAAAAAAGCAAUGGUGUUUAUGUCCCAAUCGGUAUUCACCCAUCGAACGUUGUUAUUACUAAGCUAAAGCUCGACAAGGACCGAAGAAACCUCUUGGAACGGAAGGCUGCUGCUAAACUUGCUGGCAUGGACAAGAACAAGUACACUGAGGAGGUUCUGGAAUCCUAG